CUCGGAUAAACACGUUGAUAGAUGCCGAACUAGGUACUAGAUCUAAAGACUAGGGUCCACAAACGUAAGAAUCAGGAGGAGUUCCAGGCGAGGUAGAGUACAAGAUUAAGAUGAAGAAGGUAUACGAAGUUGGAGAACAGCAGGCGAUGUCGAGCAAACAUCUCAAACAAGACAAACAGCUUACUCCGUAUCCCCGGCUAUCUCCGCGCACUUUGCAUGGUUUUGCAUCGGUCAAUACGACAGCAUGUGUAGAUACAAACAUCUCAAACAAGAUAAACAGCUUACUCCAUAUCCCCCGGCUAUCUCUGCGCACUUUGCAUGGUUUGCAUCGGUGUAGAUGCAAACAUACUAUGCCCAAGUAUUUAAAGCGUAGAUUCGGCGUUCAAGGAUAAGAAUAUCCACAGAACCAUAAAGAUUGUAUUCUCUUCAAUUGACGAACCGGAAAAAAAAAUCAUGUCUAUGACAGCUGUCGUGAUCCGCACUGCUGGUGGUCCUGAAGUGCUCAAACUCGAGCGUCUCCCCAUACCCACCGUCAAAUCCGAGCAUGUGCUUAUUCGCAUCAAGGCCUUUGGUCUCAACCGCUCAGACCUCUUCAUACGCCAAGGCCAUUCCCUCGGCGUCACAAGCGUCGCAUUUCCUCGGGUGCUGGGGAUUGAAGCCGUUGGCGUGAUCGAGUCGGCCCCAGGGCUGGAGGACCGGUUCCCGCCAGGAGCAAAAGUCGCAACUGCAAUGGGAGGGAUGGGGCGUGCAUUCGACGGUGGAUAUGCCGAAUACACCUCUGUUCCAGCCAAGCAAGUCCAAGUGCUGGAUACGACUCUCCCCUGGGAAGUACUGGGUGCGCUGCCGGAAAUGUUGCAGACGGCCUGGGGAUCGUUGAUGAAAGCGCUUGAACUUGAGGAGGGAGACCGCCUAUUGAUACGAGGCGGCACAACCUCGGUGGGACUGACAGCCGCGGCAAUUGCGAAGAACAAGGGGGCGUUCGUGGCAUCGACCACGAGGAAAGUGGAGAGAGAGGCAUUGCUCAAGGAAAACGGGGCAGAUGAAGUCUGGAUCGAGGAUGGAGAUAUCGCGGGCCAGCUAGAGAAGAGCGCGCAUGAAAAGUUCGACAAAGUGUUGGAACUGGUUGGCACAAUUACCCUCAAGGACUCACUUCGAUGCGUCAAGAAGGGAGGGAUAGUCUGUCUGACCGGGGUCGUCGGGAACGAGUGGACGAUGGAGAGAAUCAACCCCAUGCAGUUGAUUCCAUCGCAGACAAAGCUGACGAUUUAUGGUGGAAGCGACGCAAACUUCAUGACCACUCCUCUUCCAGAUCUGAUCAAACAGGUAGAAGAGAACCGGUUAAAAAUCAAAGUCGGCCGCGUUUUCCACAUGGAACAGAUUGUGGAAGCCCACCAAUGUAUGGAAGAUAACGCUGCCGGAGGAAAGGUUGUUGUUUUGGUCUAAAAUAUUGCACAUAUAGGAUUAUUAAUAAACAUCCCUCCUCUUGAAUAUCCGCGCGAAGUAACUGUGAGGUAGGAAAGCUUGUGUAAAAAAACAAGAUUAACCCUUUCUAGCUAAAGAUGAAUACUUGCGUGGGUCCCGGCGGCGAGAAGUUUUUGCUUGCGUACCACGCUCUAGGACAAGUACCAAGUCCUCUUGAUUUUUAAAGCCAUCAUAGAAAGCCAUCAAAUCAUCUUCAUGCCUCGUUCGGUGCGAAGGAUGUUUUUCGGUCCCCUGGUAGACUGGUCGCGAAAGGGUUCGAGAGAGUUCACUCGGAGCAUCUACUGGUCUAUAUGUGACCGCAGCCCUGGAGAUCGUACUCGAUGCUUCAAAGGGUGUGUCGGCACCCGGGAGGCUUCCGUCUUCUGAUUCAGACUCGGACGCGGGAUCUGGGUUGGUGACUAUCCAUGGGGCGCCUCUAUUGACAUACCUUCCGCUG